AUGGCCAAAUCUCUAAUCGCCAGCCUGCUGCUGGCCUCCCUCGCCCGCGCCUCGGACCCAGCCGGGCUGCCAGAGAAGAAAGACCAAGAUGGGAAGCUACAGCCAUCUCAAUGCCAGAGCGUCCUGCCCAUCCUACCGAAAUUCACCUUUGGGCCUACCAGAACAGUGUUCACGACUACCACCACCCACACGAGCACCGUCGACUGUGGCAUCUGCGAAGACGUCGUCCCAGUGAUAGUGCCCCUUGGUAUCCCCCCGGUUGUGCUUUUCACCGCGACCACGACUGCCAGCACGCCGUACGUCACAACCGAAUAUGAGUGCGGCUCGACCCCGGCCCCGUCAACAACCUUGAAAACGGCGGUACACCCUCCCAAGGACCGCCGCGGUCCACCGUCUCCCACUAUCACCUCUACAACCUCCGUAGAUGAAAACGCGAAGCCCAUUUCAUACUUCGAGCCCGACUACACAGAGCCCGAGGGUCCCACCACUGUCACUCCGCCCGGCAUCGACAAGCCAGAGUGCACCUCCUCGACCGCGCUCGAUCCCGUGGUGGCCGACUCCACCUGGACCUUCUACCCUUCUACCGUGACGUCUACGAGUUCGGUGGACUGCGGCGAGUGCGCGCUCGAGUGGUCCACGGGGGUCAUAUACUACUUUGCUCCGAUCCUCUACACCGCCACGACCACAGCCGCAACUCCCAGCGUGAAAGUUGAUCUUGCAUGUUUGGCUGUUCCGACGAAAGCCUAUAUUGGGACGGCAGAGUUUAUAUCGGAGUAA